CAGAGUCUUCAGCCGCAAUGGGACUGACAUCCGAUUCGCUGACGUCUCCCAGCGACGGCCGCGGAUUGGAGCCCGAUCGCUUGGAGGAGGUGCCCAACUCCUUCAGGGACCUCUUGGCACAGAUUCAGACAUUGCAGGCCAGGCUAUGGCUGGCGCACGAAGCGGAGCUCUAUGGAUGUGACGGUCGAGACGCUAGAGGCUUCAGCAAGUCCUCCAUUCUCUCGCAGUCGGUUGCACACGGCAACACUCCCAAGUCGGAGAAGAAGACGUCCCUGGUGCUGAAUGUGCGCAAGGCCAAGUCGGACCAGGUCAUGAGCUCUGGCAUCCUCGGCUCUUUUGGGAGCGCCGGAGAGAGAGACGCAGAGGCGUCUCCGUGCGAGCCGGGCGACCGAGGCAAAUCCAAAAGCAGUUUGGCGUCGCGGGCCUACAAGGCGAUAUCCCCGCCCAGUCAGGUGAUGAGUCCUGGCUCCCACAGCGGGGAGGAGGAAGAAGAGCGAGAGGUCGGCCAGCAGCCGAGUCGCAAUAAACUGACCAACAAGCUGGCCAAGCAGGCUCGCAGGGUGAUCAGCGACAUUGAGGACAUCAUGAAGAAGACCACAGAGGAGCCACAUCUGGAAAUGCGCAAGGAGUGGAGACUCUGCAACGAGGAUCUGCUGAGCCUGAAGAAGUCUCCGAUCUCCGCCACCAGCAAAGGUAUGGAAAGCCAUCGGCUUAUCCUGCAGUGUCAUUCCCAGGAGCCUUUGCCGCCGUGCAUCUUCAGCCCGACCUCAGUGGGGCUGCAGCUUUGGAACGCCAUUGCACUAGUUGUCAUCAUGUUUGACGCGAUUUGCGCGCCGCUUCAGGUCUUCGCCACGCAGGCGGAAGACGCCAUGAACUUGCUCCAGUUUGGCGCCAUGUUCUUCUGGAUCCUUGACGUGCUGGUGAGACUCCGCACAGCCGUGCAGGCAGAUGAUCAGUUGCUUACUCGACAAGUGGACAUCAUGAAGCGAUACGCGGCAUCCUGGCUUUGCUUCGACGUCUUAGUGCUGGUUCCGGACAUCUACAACUUUAUUCAAAUGGUCAAUGACGAUCAGUUCCUCACGGGUACUCUGCGGGCAGCCAAGGUGAUUCGAAUUGUGCAAUGUCUUCGGGUGAUGAGGCUGGUCAAGGCCUGGCUGAUGGUUCCGAAGCUUCCCUUCCGCCGCUUCGAGCUGAGCCCUGCAGCACGGCUGGUGGCCUCCGUCUCACGAGUCUUGGUGCUGUGCCUGGUGGCCAUCCACUGGCUCGCCUGCGUCUGGUUCGCCGUGGGCGUGGCCCAGGACGGCUGGGCAGCUGCAGACCUCCGGAAGGCUCCCUUCUGGCAGCAGUACACUCGAUCUGUGCAGUGGGCGAUGUCUCGCCUACCACCGUCUGCCAUGAGCUCGAACAUGGAGUUGAAUACCGAAGAGGAGCGUUGGCUGUCUUUGGUGGCGACCGGAAUUCUGAGCGCCUCCGGCCCGGUCUUCAUCAGUUACUUGACCAACGUCAUGGCCGACAUAGGACGACAGAUGAAGCAGCAACAGCAGACUCUCCGCGCCGUGCGCAAGUACUGUGAGCAGCAUAAAGUUGGCAGCUCCUAUGUGCCCAAGAUCAAGAGGUACGUGCGUCGCGAGCACCAACGCCAGCAGUUGGAUGCGGAGAUGAAGAUCUUGCAGACCAUGCCGGAGGGCUUGGUCCGGGAGCUCUUUCACGCGACCCGCAGCAGGUACCUCUGCAGCCAUGCCCUCUUCGACAAGAUUGGCCAGCAGGAUUCCGCAAUGGAGGUGCAACUCUGCAAUCAGGCGAUUAGCGAGUCCACUGUUCUGGCAGGGGACGUUAUCUUCCAGCGGCAUGCUUUGGCCAAGGGCAUGCACAUCAUCGGCGACGGCUGCGGGUUGUACUACAGCCUUCAGUGCAGCCCUGAAUCAUCACCUCGGCUGCAGAGUUUGACAAGCACCUUGCAUAAGUUCCGCAUGUUCAACAUCUUCAGCUCCGAAGGCUACCCUCGAGACUUGCGCAUGCAAGCGGGCGAGGAGGACUUGCACGAGACUGUGGUGAACAAGGGAGAUUUCAUCAGCGAGCAGGCGUUGUGGAUCCAAGCCUGGAAGCAUCAAGGCAGAUUCCAGGCGCUUUCGGACACCAGAAGGUUGCUGCUCCAGACCGACAUCUUGCAUGAUGUCCUGCAAGACUACCCCGGCAUUCUGGCCGAAGCUGUGGUUUACGCGCGCGUGUAUUUGGAGGAGGCGAAUAGGGCAGCCAUCUAUCCAGGCCUUACAGAUCUGCCGAUCAUGCAGGAUGAGGACGAGGAGUCCGCAGAGGUCUCUGUCAUCCCUAGGCUUUUCCGACGCCGCGCAACCGAGACUUAGACACACGACUUCCGGACAGCCGCUGCAUGCUACGUAUAACGCAUGCAACGUGCACGUUCGCAUUCAAUCCAUUCUCCUUUGGUGAUGCGCUAAGCGAUUCGCCUUCUUGAAAUAGCCUUCCGCUUUGCUUGCAAUCGCAGAGAAGCAGAAGAGACGUAGACACAGAGGCACGCA